CGAAGAUGUCUGCUAAAUAUGGAAAAUUAUGCUGUCUUCUAUUGUUAGAGCAUUUUGGGGAAAUCGUUGAAAAGGUUGCGUGCGAUCUUAUGAAAUGGGGUACAAAACCGCUCAGAUUAAUUGUGGCUACUACACGUUUACCUCCGCCGAAGGUGAAGCAGGCCCUGCGGAUCCUUAUUCAAUAUGGUUUUGUAACGUUUUCCUCCAGCCAAGUUGCUUCUGUUGCUGAGUACACAGUGAAGCCAGAAAAAAUUAUAUUACUUCUUCGUUAUCCUAGGUAUCUGCUGUUAAUAAAGACAAGGUUCGGUGAUGAGGCUGAAAUGAUCGUAGAGGAAACCUUAAGAGUUGGUCAAGACACAGCAUCAAGUAUCAUUAUUAAGGCAGCAACACGACUGAAAGAGACUCUGAAAGCAGGUGAUGGUAACUUAAAUCUGGUUACACUGCGUGACAAAUUUUUCCUGCUUAUAAGUAAACAAUUUCUGAUGAGAUGCCCAUCUGUUUCGGAGGAAGCAGAUAUCCCUGCCCUAAAAGUAAAGGAACGAGAAUUAUAUCUGCCUCCAGAACUGAAUAUGAAGGCUCUGAGUAACAUGGAAAAGCAAAUACAAGAUAAACCAGGAGAUGAUGGCAUCUAUUGGAGGGUAAAUUAUGAUAGGUUUCAUCAAGAAUUCAGGGAUCAGGUGAUGGUUGCUGCCAUAGGUCGCCGAUUAGAUGAGAAUGCUGCAGAACUGAUGAAGCAUCUCUUAAAUCAGAUGUACUUGCGCACAGAGCCGUGGGCUGCAACAUCAAACCCUAUUCCAUACACAGAAUUGAAAGAAGCCAUAAGAAAGUCAACUACACAUCCUCAGUUGCAACAGUAUCUUGACCAAUAUCUGAAGAUGUUAGGUAUGAUUCAAUGUCUUCAAUAAGUUUCUGUGUACUGU